GGCAGGGCGUGUGUGCUGGGGAAACAGGCAUGUGAACACCGACCGGGCCUGGUACAUGCAGGCUGGGGGCUCUAAGGCUGGGUGGGGGAAGGAGCCGGGGCAACAGUGUGCCUUUGUGUGUGUGCAGCCGAGCCUGUGUGCUUUGGGUGUGGGUGUUUGUCUCCCUGUAUCCGCCUUCUUUCCCAUUCUGGACUUUUAGCCUUCCUGGGCUCAUCUCCCUCCUGUCCUGCACCCUACCUGUAGGAGCUGGAAUUGGGUGCCCUAGUGGAGAAGGAGGCCACGCUCCAGGGCCCACUGUAACCCCGGACGCUGCCCAAGGCUUCCCUCUAGCUCCCCCUCCCUUCCUUUCCUCUCUUUCCUCCCUCCCUCUUUCUCUUCCUCCCUCCCCCCCAAGGCUGGCGUGCCAGGGGGUGGGACAUGCCAAUCACCGGCUGUGCCUCUCAGGCUGCCAGCACAGGGCGCAGCUCCCCCCGGGAGCCAGGUGUUUGGGUCCCUGGAGACACCGCCAGCCCCCCGGAGAGACAGCAAGGCUGAGGACCCUUCAGACCCCUCUCCAGCCCCAUGGGAACCCUGACUCCCACCAUCCCCAUCCACCUUCAGCUCCUCCACGAUGGACUGAACCAGGCUGCUGGCCAGAUGGACAAGCGGGAUGCCAAGGUGGAUUCUUAACCACUGGACCACCAGGGAAGUCUGGAAUGUUCAACAAUUAAAUUAGGUGAUGACCGGCCCCUGAGGAAGCCCCGUCCUGUGAUUAAAGGAAGGGCUGCCUCCCCUACUCCACCCAGCCACCAUGAAUACCUCAGCGCCACCUGCCGUCAGCCCCAACAUCACUGUCCUGGCACCGGGAAAGGGUCCCUGGCAAGUGGCCUUCAUCGGGAUCACCACGGGCCUCCUGUCACUGGCCACGGUGACAGGCAACCUGCUGGUGCUCAUCUCUUUCAAGGUCAACACGGAGCUCAAGACGGUCAACAACUACUUCCUGCUGAGCCUGGCCUGUGCCGACCUCAUCAUCGGUACUUUCUCCAUGAACCUUUACACCACGUAUCUGCUCAUGGGCCACUGGGCUCUGGGCACGCUGGCCUGCGACCUCUGGCUGGCCCUGGACUAUGUGGCCAGCAACGCCUCGGUCAUGAACCUGCUGCUCAUCAGCUUUGACCGCUACUUCUCGGUGACCCGGCCCCUGAGCUACCGCGCCAAGCGCACACCCCGCCGGGCCGCCCUGAUGAUCGGCCUGGCCUGGCUGGUUUCGUUCGUGCUCUGGGCCCCGGCCAUCCUCUUCUGGCAGUACCUGGUAGGGGAGCGGACGGUGCUGGCCGGGCAGUGCUACAUCCAGUUCCUCUCCCAGCCCAUCAUCACCUUUGGCACGGCCAUGGCCGCCUUCUACCUCCCCGUCACGGUCAUGUGCGCCCUCUACUGGCGCAUCUACCGGGAGACAGAGAACCGGGCCCGGGAGCUGGCGGCCCUGCAGGGCUCGGAGACGCCGGGGAAGGGGGGCGGCAGCAGCAGCAGCUCAGAGCGGUCCCAGCCGGGGGCCGAAGGCUCCCCAGAGACCCCUCCAGGGCGCUGCUGCCGCUGCUGCCGGACCCCCCGGCUGCUCCAGGCCUACAGCUGGAAGGAGGAAGAGGAGGAGGACGAAGGCUCCAUGGAGUCCCUCACGUCCUCGGAGGGUGAGGAGCCUGGCUCCGAGGUGGUGAUCAAGAUGCCCAUGGUGGACCCCGAGGCGCAGGCCCCCGCCAAGCAGCCGCCCCGGAGCUCCCCGAAUACGGUCAAGAGGCCGACCCGGAAGGGGCGCGAGCGGGCGGGCAAGGGCCAGAAGCCCCGUGGAAAGGAGCAACUGGCCAAGCGGAAGACCUUCUCGCUGGUCAAGGAGAAGAAGGCGGCUCGGACCCUGAGCGCCAUCCUGCUGGCCUUCAUCCUCACCUGGACGCCGUACAACAUCAUGGUGCUGGUGUCCACCUUCUGCAAGGACUGUGUCCCCGAGACCCUGUGGGAGCUGGGCUACUGGCUGUGCUAUGUCAACAGCACCAUCAACCCCAUGUGCUACGCGCUCUGCAACAAGGCCUUCCGGGACACCUUCCGCCUGCUGCUGCUCUGCCGCUGGGACAAGCGUCGCUGGCGCAAGAUCCCCAAGCGCCCCGGCUCUGUGCACCGCACCCCCUCCCGCCAGUGCUGAUGGCCCUCCCGCCUGCAUCCCUCCACCCCGGCGGCCCCCGUAGAAAGCGGGCAGGGGUGGUGACCUCAGACCCAGGGCCCUGCUCGGGGAGGGGAGCCCCCCCAGGCUUCCGGGGACCCUAGGUCACCUUCCUGCACAACCCAGGGAGACCCCACCAACUUUCCAAACUGGGGAACCCGGGGAACUGGUUCUUGUGUUCCCUUCUGGGUGGGAAUAGGCUCUUCACCAGGAAGAAAGCCUGGGAGGGGGUAUCCGGACUUUGGAUUCCUUGUUUGUGUUCAAGCAGGAAGUCCAUGCAGAGCCAGUAGAGCGGGCCAGGAGAAAGGAGGUUUAACCAAGCGGUCCUCCUUGGCCCCAGGAGCUGGCCUGGAUCGAGUAGGGGAUGGCACCCCCUAACACCAACUACUGAGAGAAAAGCUUGGCUCAAGGGAGUAUCCCUGCCUCCCAGGCGUCCCCUCCCUCCCCAGGCACAGCACACUCCGCUGGGCCCUCGAACACUCUCCAAGGUGUCCUUGUGUGGGUCACCCCCAAGGCAAAUGUCCAAGCAUCAGCGGGACAAUGACACCAGAGGGGACCGAUGUGGCCAGUAGCCGUCAAGCCCCAAGGCAGCAGGAGGAGGGAGCACCAGGCAUCCCGACUGUCCCACUAAGUCAUUUCCCUGGGAGUGAGGGGCAGGGGUGCCUGCUGUCCAGCCCCUGCCCUGGAGAAGCCCUCAGACCCUCCCUCCCUGGCUCACAGACACCACCUGGGUAGAUCUGCUCCCUCGGAUCUAGCCAGGCCUCCCGCAUGCUGCCUGCCUCUGCCCCCCACCCCCGCUGGUCUGGCCCAGCACAGGUUCCCUCCUGUGUGCUCGCCCAUCUGACCCAUGCAUGGCCUCCCAGCCACCCUCAUCUCCAGGCCCAGCCUGGUCCCAGAUGUUCUUUCCUGCCAACCUCAGCAAGUGCUGAGUCUGUGAAUAAAGCCACAUAACCAGCGGCCA